AUGGCUCUAGGGUUUGUCAACCUCACCCAGGUCGCUGUACUCGCCGCAAGUUCAUGGCUACUCUUCCACCUAGCCCAGGGAAUAUACCAGGCUUACUUCUCCCCUCUGCGCCAUAUUCCAGGUCCCAAGUCUUGGGUUAUAUUCCCGUUCAUCCCUAAGGUCAAAGUCAUCCGCGGCACCAUUGACCAGAACAUACGCGCGUUCCACAAAAAGUACGGCAAUGUAGUGCGCUAUGAACCAGGUGCCGUGUCAUUCACGACCAACGAGGCUUGGAAGACCAUCUACGGCCAUGGCCACGGCCAGUUUCCCAAGUUCAACGCGUCCCAGCAGCUCGAACCCCAAUCCAACAUUCUCACCGCUGACGAUGCGAACCACGCUCGCAUCCGCCGCGGAGUCGCCCACGCCUUCUCUCCCAGGUCCCUGGCGGAACAGGAGCCGCUGAUCCAUGAGUACGUCGACAAGCUGAUGCGACGGCUGGCCGACGUGGCAGAGUCCCGUACGCCAACGGAAAUAGACCGGUGGUUCCACAUCACGUCGUUCGACAUCAUCGGCGACUUGACCUUCGGCCAGUCUCUGGGCGGCCUCGACAGCAACGAAGUUCACCACGUCGUCAACCUUGUCCUCCUGUUCAUCGAGCGGGCCAAGAAGGUCUUCGAGCUCAACAGCCUGCUCGGCCCGUUGGCGGGGCUGGUCAUGCCGGUCCUCGCGCGAGACGCCGAAAAGGGAUUCCUGGACCAGUUCAACUACACAAGAUCGGCCGUGGACAGGCGGCUUGCAAUCGACGCGGACGUGGAUCGCAAGGAUUUCAUGACGGGUCUGCUGCGGGGGAGAGAUGAGAAGGAUAUCGGGUCCAUUGAGGAGAUUGUCACGAACUCCAACACCCUGUUCGUGGCCGGCAGCGACACCACCGCCACGCUUAUGACGGCGUGCACGUUCUUCCUCCUCUCGACACCCCAUACAUACGAACAAGCGGUAAAGGAAGUCCGAGACGCCUUCGAUUCAGCAGCCGAAAUCAACUUCACCGGCGCCACCGCACGCCUGCCCUACCUGCUUGCCGCGCUUAACGAAACACUGAGGCUGUAUCCUCCUGUACCAGGAACUCUCGAGAGAGUUGUUCCCCACACCGAGGAGCCAGUUUACAUCGAAGGGAAGCACAUCCCGCCGGGGACUCGGGUUGGCGUCCACAUGACUUCCGCAGGCUUAUCAGCUUCCAAUUUCGCGAAGCCGGAGUCGUUCAUCCCCGAGAGAUGGCUACCCAACGUCGCCCAGGACCCAUCAUCUCCGUUUUUCGGGGACAGGCGAGACGCCAUCCAGCCCUUUUCAUACGGUCCACGUAACUGUGUCGGCAAGCACCUCGCGUACAACGAGAUGCGGGUGAUCAUGGCGCGCCUGCUCUGGGAGUUUGACCUCAAGCUGCACCCGUCUGCUUAUGGGUGGACACAGCCUUACUCAAAGCACAAGGCCUGGUCGAUUUGGAAGAAACCACCACUGGUCGUGUACGUCAAGAAACGUGAAUUCUCGACGUAG